GAGGUCUGCGGCUAGACCGGCUGUCAGGGUGAGGCGGCCGGGUUCCCGAAGCCUAGCCCCAGCCAGGAGUAGACUGCAGGCCUCGCAGGUGAAAGCAAAGAAGCAGCCGCGGCCAGGAAAUUAAGGAUUGCUGUGGCAUUGCUUUGACAAGCACUUCCUGUUGUCUUUACAGAGAUCUCACUGAAGAAUAAUCGCAAUACCUUUGUUAAGGGCCAUUAUCAGCUAGCAAGUGCUUUUAAUGACUGGGAAAACAUCAGCUGCCCUAUGCUCAUCCUGCUCCAGGCAGCUCAAUGAAGGCUCCUUUCAGCUGUUCCCAGAACCCUGUUGCCCAAAGCGCCUCUCUCUGUUGGGUGAAAGCUCAUGAAGCUCUUUCCUGAACCAUAUUAGGAGGCUCAGGCCUCCUGAGGCUGCAACAUGGAAGCUUUGGAAGUGGAUGAUAUCAGCCCGGCCUUGGAAGUCACUGAGGAUUUCUUCAGUACGUUUGAUAGUAAGCUAGAGAAGCCUGUGCAGCAAGCAGAGGUGUAUGGGAUCCAGGAAGUCCCUGAGCUGGUGGGGCGCGAGGUACUGAGUAACCUAACAGACAAUGGUGCUAUCAGAAAUGUUGCCUCUCUGGGCAACGGGGGUGUGAUUUGGGAUCACUAUAAGACCAGGCUCUUAGAAACCAAAGCUCAAAAUGUCUUUCCUGCCAAAGAACAGUUUAUGGUCCAGAAAGGGACAACCCCAGGUAAUCUUUCUUGGAUGGAACAAAAGGAAGUGUCCACCUUUAAUUUUUUCAAUGUCUGUCAGCGUCGCAAGGACAGGCCUCGUUCUGUGAAUGACUUAUUGGAUGAGACGUCUACUUUUAAGCCAGGGCAUGCUCGAUCAAGGUCAGAUAUUACUCAAGUGGACUGGAGGGUGAUCCUCAAAACCACGCCUUUGCAGCAGCAGCAACAGCAGCAACAGCAGCAACAGCAGCAGCAGCAGCAACAGCAGCAGCCCCCGCCCCCGCCGCCACCGCUGCCAUCUCUUCAGGGCCCUCACUUCACCAGGCCAUCUUUUCUGUUAUCCUCCCCAAAUAAGGUAGAAGAUGCUCAAGGAAAUACUGAACACAAGCAGGCAUUCCCAAACAUUCUGAAGAAGGGUUACCUGGAGAUUAGAAAGGACCAUGACAGUUACUGGCAAAGCUGCUAUGCGGAACUCUCCCCCUAUAACCUGUACUUCUACAGCCUAGACAGCAGCGGGAAUCAAAGCCUCUAUGCCACGUACCAGCUUUCACACUUCCAGAGCAUAUCCGUUCUGGGGAACCUCGAGGCUCGGCUAGUGGAUACCGUUCUGUAUGACAACACUCAGCUACAGCUAAAGGCGGAGUCACCAUGGGAGGCUUUGGACUGGGGGCAGAAGCUCUGGGAAGUCGUGCACGCCGCCGUGCCUGCUUACGUGGGACGGCCGGAUGAGCUGGCAAACUCGCCAGGCCUUGUUUAUCAUGUGGACUGUACGCAGAAUCAUUGUUUACUGAAGAAAUCUAGUGAGCUGCUCGCACCAUCCCCUGCCUCGGAUAGCCCCAAACGGUACCAUGACAUCCUCAGGUCAGGGACGCUGUACAGGCUGACUGUGCAGAACAACUGGAAGGCAUUUACGUUUGUGCUGAGCAGGGCCUACCUCAUGGCCUUUCAGCCCGGCAAGCUGGAUGAGGACCCCCUGCUCAGCUACAAUGUGGACGUGUGUCUGGCUGUCCAGAUGGACAACCUGGACGCCUGUGACUCUUGCUUUCAAGUCAUUUUUCCCCAAGAUGUUCUCCGCCUCCGUGCUGAGACCCGGCAGAGGGCUCAGGAGUGGAUGGAGGCUCUGAAAACAGCUGCCAAUGUGGCGAGGAGUUCAGAGCAAAACCUGCAGGUCACACUGAGGAGCAAGUCCAAGGACCAGACAGGCGGGCAUGAACUCAGGAAGAACAAACGUCAGUCCGUGACCACUAGCUUCCUCAGCAUCCUGACCACUUUGUCUUUGGAACGAGGACUCACUGCUCAGAGUUUCAAAUGUGCAGGAUGCCAGCGAUCCAUAGGCCUUUCCAAUGGGAAAGCCAAGGUGUGCAAUUACAGUGGGUGGUAUUACUGCAGCAGCUGCCAUGUUGACGACAGUUUUCUCAUCCCAGCACGCAUAGUCCACAACUGGGAUACUGCAAAAUAUAAGGUGUCUAAGCAGGCCAAAGAGUUUCUGGAGUACGUGUACGAAGAGCCCCUGAUUGACAUCCAGCAGGAGAACCCCAUGCUCUACCGACACGCCGAGCCGCUGGCCGCGGUGGUGCGGCUGCGGCAGCGGCUCAAAUCGCUGCGAGCCUAUUUGUUCAGCUGCAGGGCAGCAGUGGCCGAGGAUCUGCGCCGCAGAAUUUUCCCCAGAGAAUACCUCCUUCAACAGAUCCACCUGUAUUCCCUCGCUGAUCUACAGCAGACCCAGACCAGAUGCAAGCUCAGUCAAGGAAGGGGACCGGAGGUUUUACUGCAUUGCAUCCGACCUUAUUCUGCUCUUUUUGGUCUCUCAAGUACUCAAGCUAAGCCUUCUUAAAGAAAUAGGUCAUAGGGAAAAGGUGCAAAGAAAAAUGAAAAGAGGUGACCUAAUUCCAGUUCCAGGAUCUGGAACAUUCUAUUGCUUAUCGACAUAAUAAGAGUACAGUAAAGGAGAUUUUUUUUUUAAAUGUCCUUGACAGUGUGGGAGGAAGAAGAGAAGUAGGAAAGGAUAGGUAACAUUUUAAAGAAAGACUAGUUAAUGUUUGAUGCAGAAUUCAAUAGAAAAGUUGAGAGACCUGCCUGAAAGAGCAAAGCAAAUGAGGACGAUAACUUGGCCUAAUCAGAAGAAGCCUGGCAAUGAAGAGGCCUAUAGAGAAAAGGGAGGCAAGUUACAAGUGGGGGAUCUUUGUGGCAAAAAGGGAACGCUGAAAUGCUCAACCUGGGACGGUGGAGGAAGAAACAACCAAAGUUGAGUGGUGAGGAAGGGAAGGCAAUCAAGAUAUUACCAAGAAGCAUGUCACAGAGAUGGAAGAAGCUGUCGUACAGUGAACGGACAGGGACGGAAGAAAACAGAUAUUCUUAAAAUCAAGGUCCUUCUGAAUGAGGUCACCACCAAGGCAGACCCAGUACAGGGUCCCGAAGUUGCUUUAAGUUUCCAAUAUGACCUUAUCUUGUAGUUUAAUAAACUAAGUAUGUACUUGUCCACUAGCUCUUGCCCUAACCUUGACCACGAUCUACUAAAUUAAUACCCUCUCUUUCUACUUGCCUGUCCUGGCAGCGCUGUUGUUCUCUCUGCACUAAAUAUAGUUCCAGGGACAAAAAGGAUGAAACACAUGAAAGGCGACAGCUUAGGAUAUGUUAAUAUAUGUCUUUCUUGUUCAGGACCAACUAAUCCAUCUCAGGAGCCCCCUAGAACUACUGCUUUUUGAUGUUAGCUUAUUUAUUUGAUGAUUUAGUGAUGAGUAAGUCCUUCAUCACUGUAUUUCAUAAUACGAAGUAAAUCAUAGCAUGGGUAGCCAUUCUGAGGGUUAAAUCUGACGUUAAUGCUAUUGUUUAUUCUUAACAGAGGGAACAUUGGUUUCAUAAUUAAAAACCUGAAUGUAUUUAGAUGGCCUUGUUUAUCUAAAGAGUGACUAGCAGCUAAGAUCCGGAAAGCGGUUCUCUAUGGUGUGACCUUUUUCUAUCAAACACAUGGUGUGCUAUGCCAUAAAAGCAAACAUGUAUCAUUGAGACUUGUUCUUGACCAAGAAAAUGGGACAUGGAAGGAAACUUAAACCAAUGAACAAUAAACUGCCUUAGAUGCACAUGUAUUAAGUUAUUCAUUUUAACUCAAAUUAGCAAAGGAAUUUUCAUGAUUA